UGGGAAAUGCUCCCUGCUUCCUCUCCAGCCUCUUCUGAUCUUUUACUCACCAGGCAGCGAAUGCAAAGUCCUCCUCCUUUCUUCAAAGCAGAUGGAGUUGGCUGAUGAUGGCAGUGUGGGGUGUUGCGUGUCUUGCGGGUGGCCGUAGAUGCGUAAGGCGCUCUGGGGUCUGCAACCCACCAAGUACAACGCAUCGUACAAGAUGAUGCCUGUCCAUCUGUCCCGUCAGGCCGGUGAGAUCUUCAACACCAGAGCUUUGCAGGGGCCCCCUGCGGUCCCUCAGACCCAUCGUGGCUGCAGAAGGCAACCUUGUGCCUGCCCGUGCCUGGCCACGCUGGAGACUCGGUCGUUGGGAAGAUGCUGUGACGGAGCAGUUGAGGGUUGGUGUGGGGAGCCAAGGUGAAAACCACCUGCUGGCCCCCAUUGACCAGCACCCAGCAGCACAUUUCCCUUUCGGGUUUCACCUGCCGGGACAGCUGAUGUGUCGAAAAUUCACGUUCUCGUCCCCCCCUCUCCUCCCCUUGGCCGCCUUUGGCUGCAGCGUCUCCUCUCCGCCACUUCUCCGCUUCUCCUCCCGCCAGCAGGCAGGGAAGGGUCUCCCACCCGCGCUGCGGGGCUGCUCGAGACACGACGGAGACGCUGCUUGGAAAACCAUCCUGAAGGAAGAGAAGGGAGCCCAGGCUGCCGCUGGCCGUGCCGCAAGAAGGAACUGGGGAAGCCCUAAGGCAGCUGCAUCCUCGGUGACUCCACUCCAACCGUCCCUCCCGCUCUGCCCGGAGCUGCCAGCUUUGCCUGCAGAAAGGAGGAUCUUUCUCUCGGCCCUUCUGCUAGGACGAAGCACGGAGAUGCAGCCCGUGCCCCUGCACAGCCUUUCGGAGCUGGAAAGAGCCAGUCUGCAGGAGAUCGCGCUCUACCAGCUGCAGGAGAAGCGGCUCGUUGGGGACCUCCGCCUGGCCAAAGUCGGACCUAAAGGCAGCAAAUCUAUCCGCCAGAAACUGGAGAGCUUUUCAAAGGAGAAGAAAGACUGCUCUCCUCAGACUUUUGGGAUCCCCCUCUUCCAAGUCAUCGCCAAUGACCGUGCCUACAAGCAGCUCCAGGAAGACGUGAAGAAAAGCCGCCGGCUCUGCCUGGAGGUGGAAGCGACAGUGAAGAGAUUCCAGGCCCAGAGGCAGAAGAGGUCCCCGAUGGGCAGGAGCUGUGUCCUGGUGCCCUGCGGGCUCUUCCCGGAAGAGCCGCUUUCCCCAACUCUUCUCCACAACGGCUCCUGGAGCCAGCGAAGGGGGGCCAUGUCCGUGGACUCCAUCACUGACCUGAGUGACAACACUUCCAAGCUGCUGGAGGCGCUCCAGCUGUCCCACCCCCACGAGCUGGACCCCCGCAGGAGCCUGGGCAAGACGAAGAUGUUGAGCCUCAACCCCAUCACCUGGCAGGUCCCGCGCAUCGUGGAGAGGUGUUGCAAACACAUUGAAACACACGGUCUCCAAACGGUGGGCAUCUUCCGGGUGGGGAGCUCCAAGAAAAGAGUUCAGCAGCUGAGGGAAGAGUUUGACCAAGGACUGGAUGUUUUCUUGGAUGAGCAUCAAAGUGUUCAUGAUGUGGCUGCUCUGCUCAAAGAGUUUCUUCGGGACAUGCCGGAUCCCCUGAUUCCCAGGGAGCUCUAUGCAGCCUUCCUCAGCACAGCUGCCAUGGAGGGCCCGGCACAGCUGGCCGCCCUCCAGCUGCUGCUCUUCCUGCUGCCCCCCUGCCACAGCGACACGCUGCACCGGCUCCUGCGGUUCCUCAGUGAGGUGGCCCGGCACGCCGAGGGCUCCCGGGGCCCCGACGGCCAGCAGAUUCCUGGGAAUAAAAUGACAGUUUCAAACUUGGCCACGAUCUUUGGUCCCAACAUCCUUCAGAAAGAGAAGCCUGGGGAGAAAGACACGGGUGCCAUGAACUUUGAAGACAGCGCGGCCAUCAUACUGGUACUCCAGAGGCUGAUUGAGCACUACCAGACCUUGUUCAUGGUCUCCCCAGAAAUGCAACGUGACGUCCUAAGGAGGCUCUUUCAGACAGACCCCGAUGUCAUUGACUACCUUUUGCGCAGGAAGCUCAAUGCCAUGCCGAGCACAGAGAGUGAGGAUUCAAGAGAGGAGCACGCUCCGCUGCCUGCUGGGACCCACACCCUGGGGAGCAGCUCGGUCUCGUCGGAGCUGUACAGCAACGUCUCCUUCCUAAACCUGGACGUUGGCAUCUAGCAAGCCUGGCCCAUGCCCUCUGCACCGCCUUCUGUGGACAAAGCUGGGCAACCUUUCCCCGGCGAAAACAAGCCCUCUAUCCCGCUUUGGAGGAGCGGAGAAGCGAAAGGAGUAAGAACGUCUGUGGGAGCAUCUCUGCUGCUGGCAGACGUGCCAAAUCGUUCUGGUGCAGGCAGGGCCACAGCAGGAGAGGUGUUUGCAGGUUGCCAGCAGAGAAGGGCUUUCCACACCUGGCUUUGUUGCCGGAUGGCAACCAAGAAACCUGUGUGCUUGAGCGGCGGCUGUGGGAAGGGGAUGGAGCCAGGACGCCACGGGCACAUGCUGUAGCCUUGCCUGGGGGGCUGAAGCACUGCCUCUGCCACCUACUGCUCCUCAGGAGCUCGAGGCGCGAGGUGUCCGUCCCCAGUGAGGUGAGGGAGCUCUCGGCUCAGGGGUGGCAGCACAGGCCACCGCAGGGUGGCUUCGUGGCGUCCCUGCCCAGGGAGGACAACCUCUGCCCUCCGAAUGACCACCCUGCACUGGGCAGUGAACUGGUGCAGACUGGGGAGCAGCAGGCAGGAGUGUGACAGCUCGUGCUGAGCUCGGUGGAUGGGACUCGGAGCUCCAAACCAGAGCCCGUCUGGUGCGUUCGCUGUGGUGGGACUGGCUGCUUGGGAGAACUGGGGGGAGCGGCAGCCUGGGGCUGAGCCCCCCGGCGCAGACAGGGAGGAGGGUGGCCCGAGGCAGACGUGGAUGGGGACCGUUAGCAGGGCAGCGAGGAUGGAAAAGUGCCGUUCGGCUUUGGGCAGUCGGUGCUUUGGGAUCCCGUUUGCUGCAUGUUGCCGUAUCACAGGAUUGUGUGGAGAGGAAGCUCUCUUGGAGCCACAGGAAUGCCCGCGGGGGUGAAGCGACGGCACCGCCAUUGCAAAGGCACCCUGGCCUGUCGUGCUGAGGAUGAAAACUCCUCAUUUGAUGGACAGAAAACACUGUACCGACCCCAAAAUGUAUGGCUGGUGUGAUAAGAGGGAACAAUAUACUCUGAGGAUUAUAAAUUUCAAUUUUCCUUGAGUUAAUAUUCAGUAAGUAGACCUUCUAAUGUAUUUUAUAGAUUAUGUCAUCUUUUCAUGGUCUUUGGCUGAGAAACGCCUGGUUUGGUUUGUUCGUACUGCUCAGGCAUUGGAAGUCACGGCCAGUUACGUGCAAACGUGCAUUUCUAGCCGGUGUGGCAGAACGAAAGUUUUCAGCAAAUACUGUGUCUUGUUUUCUCCAUUUACCCUGCCGGACACGGCCCGGGACCCCCUCCCCCAGUACCCCCGUGGGUGGGCUGUCCCCCGGCGGCGGCGGGAGGGAUGCUGUGGCCAGCGGCUGCGGGCGGGCUGGUCCGGCACAGCCAGCCCCAGCGCGGAGCGUAGAACGUCGGGGUGUGGAGGGGGAGUCGAAGGCAGGGAGGCAGCAAAAGAGGCGCCUGGGAAUUCUGCGUGCAACAGUUCCUGUCUUUCGUCUGUCUUCUGAGGUCGUGUAAUUUAUAACGAAAUUGAAUAUAUAUUGAAAUGCCAAUUGUCGUGUUCAGAGUUUAGAUGUUACUUCCGAGGAAAGGCAGUUGGAGUGCCGAGAAGGGGGCAGGCGGGUGGG